AUGGAUCGGGUCCAUCCAACUAGGAUCCUGACGGACGGUGUUGACAUCAGCUUCGAUCGUGCUCCGCCGAGCGAGAACUUCGAUGGGGACGCGACGACCGACACGGUCGUUGAUUGCCGAAGCGAGCCUAGAGAGAGCAUUGGCAUGGCUGUUCUCAGAUCUGGGGACCUAGCGGAUGUAGUAGGUUUUGAACUGUUUGAGCAAUCGGCAGUUCUGCACGAGAUAGGCAGCCAUCGAUUCGUCUUUUGUUGCGAAUUCGGUGAUUACCUGGUUGAUGACGAGUUGGGAGUUGCUACAUAUCAUCAGUCGUUUGGCACCCGACUUUGGGCAAGCCGAAGUCCUGCUAGGAGUGCCUCAUAUUCGGCCUCGUUGUUGGAAGCAUGA